UUCCUUUCCCUCAACCCAAACCAACCACCCUCAGUCUCCCACAUGAACGUAGAGUUUUGCAGACAAAAGUUAAAAGAAACAACCGAGCACACAGUUUAGAGUGUAAGUGUGUGAGAGAUAGCUAGAGAGAAAGAAAUGGGUACCUCAUUGUUGAUUACAGCUGUUUUAGUGUUGCUUGUCGGAACCGCCGUUAAAGGCUGUCCGCCGUCGGAUAAGGCGGCGUUACUGGCCUUCAAAGCCGCCUUACACGAGCCUUACUUGGGCAUCUUUAAGUCGUGGAAGGGUAACGACUGUUGUAAGAAAUGGUACGGUAUCAGUUGUGAUCCGACUACCAAACGGGUUGCCGACAUCAACCUCCGUGGAGAGUCCGAAGACCCGAUUUUCCAGAAGGCUCAUCGGACCGGGUACAUGAACGGAACCAUUUCUCCAGCUAUUUGCAAGCUGACGAGGCUAUCAAGUGUCAUUAUUGCUGACUGGAAGGGUAUUUCCGGUAUUAUACCUCCAUGUAUCUCCUCUCUGCCGUUCCUCCGUAUCCUCGACCUCAUCGGAAACCAACUCUCCGGUGAAAUCCCUUUCGAUAUCGGCAAACUCAGCCGUCUGACGGUUCUUAACAUUGCCGACAACCGAAUCACCGGUAGAAUGCCCAGAUCAAUUGCUAAUCUAUCGUCGUUGAUGCAUUUAGAUCUCCGAAACAACUUGAUUUCGGGAACCAUACCACAAAACUUCGGGAAGCUGAGGAUGCUGAGUCGCGCGUUACUGAGCGGCAACAGGAUCUACGGACCGAUUCCAUACACGAUUUCUUACAUCUACCGUCUCUCCGACCUCGAUCUGUCGCUGAACAGGAUCUCCGGACCUGUUCCUGAAUCUCUAGGGAAAAUGGCGGUGUUGGCGACAUUGAAUCUGGAUGGAAACAUGAUUUCAGGUAAGCUACCAGCCACAUUGAUCAACUCAAGCAUUAGCAUCUUAAACCUUAGCAGAAACGCUAUCGAAGGCAACAUACCGGACGUGUUCGGGCCUAGAUCUUACUUCAUGAUGAUGGAUUUGUCGUACAACAAUCUGAAAGGACCGAUCCCGAAGUCGAUAGCGUCCGCGUCUUACAUCGGACAUCUUGAUCUGAGUCACAACCAUCUGUGUGGGGCGAUUCCGGCUGGAUCCUGGUUCGAGCACCUUGAAGCGGCAUCGUUUGUUAACAAUGACUGUUUGUGUGGAAAGCCUCUUAAAUCUUGUUAACUAAUAAUCAGUUUAAUUAAUGAUUCGCCGGCUAUCUAUGACAACGUUGACGGAAAUUUGUCUUAGCUCCGAUUCCGGUACUGGAAGUAUGGGGAGUCCGUGCAUAUGAUGCGAUACUGCUAAAGGAGGGAGAAGAUAUUUGAAUUUGAUGACAUUAAUAUAUAUGAUAGUAUGAUAUGGUGAUGCUCCUAAUUAAUGCGUAUCGAUUAAUUGUACCUAUCUUGUUACAAAUAUUUUGAUUAUAAAAUAGUAAUUCUGUACCAGUAAGCUAUAAAUAUGUUAAGGUAAUGAAAAAAAUUAUUGGAAAAUUAA